AACUAAUUGUGAAAGAAAAGUUUUGUAAUAGAAUUGUAAGAAUGGGAAAAAUGGCUGUGUUGAUCGGAUGCAACUACCCAGGAACUAAGGCGGAGCUCAAAGGAUGCAUCAACGACGUCAAUCGGAUGCAUCAGUGUCUGAUCAACCGUUACGGCUUCUCCGACGACGACAUCAACAUCCUCAUUGAUACCGAUGACUCCUACACCCAACCCACCGGCAAGAACAUCCGCUCUGCCCUUUCCCGUCUCGUCAGAUCCGCCGAUCCAGGCGACUUUCUUUUCGUCCACUACAGCGGCCACGGCACUCGUCUCCCUGCCGAGACCGGCGAGGAUGACGACACCGGCUACGACGAGUGCAUUGCUCCCUGCGAUAUGAACCUCAUCACUGAUGACGAUUUCAGGGAGUUGGUAGAUCAGGUUCCGCAGGGAUGCCGAUUAACAAUCGUAUCGGAUUCUUGCCACAGUGGUGGUCUUAUUGACGAUGCGGAGGAGCAAAUAGGAGAGAGCACCAACACCAAAUGCCAUGAACAAGGACAAGGAAAUAGCUCCCACUUUGGUUUCAGGAACUUUAUGCAUCAAAGCGUUGAAGGUGCUUUGGAAUCACGAGGGAUUCAUGUUCCCUCGGCAUUCCAUCACCAUCGCGAUGAUCGUCCGACGAACGAGGACGAAUUGCAAGACAGAGAGGUGGAGCUUUCACAUGGGGAGCGAGUCAAUGUGAAGAGUAGAUCGUUACCGCUCCCCACUCUUAUAGACAUUUUGAAGCAAAAAACUGGGAAGGAUGACAUUGAUGUGGGGAAAUUGAGGCCGACCCUUUUCGAUUUAUUUGGGGAAGAUUCAAGCCCCAAGGUGAAGAAGUUUAUGAAGGUGAUCAUGGACAAACUCCGGGGUGGUGGUGGUGGUGGUGGUGGUGGUGGUGGUGGUGACAAGGGACACUCUGGAGGAGAAGGGUUGUUUGGAAUGGUUGGCAAUUUGGCUCAAGAAUUUCUGAAACAAAAGCUGGAUGAGAAGGAUGAAGAGUAUGUGAAACCUGCGUUGAAAACUGAAGUGGGCUGUAAAACAGAGGCGUAUGCUGGAUCAUCCAAGCGGACACUUCCCGAUGGUGGGAUCCUCAUCAGUGGCUGCCAGACUGACCAAACAUCGGCUGAUGCCACGCCUUCUGGCAAUGCCGCUGCCGCUUAUGGAGCUCUUAGCAAUGCCAUUCAGACCAUACUCAAGGAAUCUGAUGGGCCAAUUACCAACCAGGAGCUUGUUUUGACGGCUCGGAAAAUGCUGAAACGCCAAGGCUUCACUCAGAGACCUGGCCUCUACUGCAGUGAUUGUCACGUCAAUGCUCCCUUUGUUUGCUGAUUUUUGUGCCUUGUGUUGCGUUUCCUGGAACUGGAAAUGGCUUUAAAAAUUAGUGUUUCUAUGUGGGCAUUGGGUUGGUCCUGUUGCUAUAAUGAUUUUGGGCUGCGUUAUAAAUUGAAAUAAAGGGUUGAACCUUACAUUAUUGAGA